UUCUGCAAUAACCUAAACGAAAUAAUGUACAUGAUUUAAUUUAUUAAAUUAAACUUCACCUACAUAGGCUCAAGAUCAGCUGAAUACUUUGUAGGUUAUAAAAUCGAUCGCCAAAGGAAUAAAAAACAAAUUAAAUAAAUGUAUCGUUUGUAUUUAUACAAACUGUAGAGCAUUCUAAUGUAAAUGCUCAUAGAUACAAAACUUAUAAGGAUUGCAGUGUUAUCAGUGUUCAGUUAGAAUGUCGUUAUCAUUUAGACCGCCGACUGACCCGAACUUGUCUAAAUUUGUUAAAGAAAAUGACUAUGACUCGCUUGCCAAGUACCUGGUUGGUAACAACCAAAGAUUUCGUGAGAAUAUUAUAAUACCUCGGAUCCUUGGACCAGUCAUCAUCAAAACUAAUGAGGAGAAAAUGAUUGAAUCCACUAUUGAGAGCUGCCCAUUUAAAUCACUCACAAGUUGUAUUAUUGGGUAUGGUCUUGGUGCAGCUGUAGGUCUCUUCACAUCCUCUUUAAUGCCCAAUGUAUCAGUAACAGAUCCGAAUGCCAUGCAAACCCAGUCUGCAAGAGAAAUAUUGCGAGAAAUGAAAACAUCUAUGUUAAGUUACGCUAAGAACUUUGCUAUUCUCGGAGCUGUAUUUUCUGGUGUUGAAUGCUGUAUAGAAUCUGCAAGAGGGAAAACUGAUUGGAAAAAUGGAACCUAUGCUGGUGGAGUUACGGGAGGCCUAAUAGGGUUAAGAGGGGGCCUUAGAGCAGGUAUCUUUGGAGCAGCAGGCUUUGCAGCAUUUUCAACAGUUAUUGAUUACUACAUGCAUCAGCGUGGAUAAUUAAAAAUAUUUGUUAUUUAGUGAUUCUUAGCAAUAUAAAAAUUAGGUUUUAACAGUGUUUUCUUGACCUAA